AUGCCGGACAGCAUGUUCCUGAAGCUGUCUCUUCUCCUGGGGCUUCUUGCUCUGGGGCCUCAUGUCUGCAGCUGGAAGUUUGAGGACAUCAGUAAGAGUACGCAAAACUUCCGCUUGUGUGUGGAGUUUGCUGUGUUUCACUUCAAUGAACACGAGCCAGAUGAGUACGCUUACAAGCUGCUUUGGGUGGGGCGGAGCCAGCGCAAGAUGUAUAGUUGGAUAUAUUUAAUGGACCUGGAGCUGGGCCGCACAAUUUGUAAAAAACACGACGAAGACAUUGACAACUGCCCCUUGCAAGAAGGCCCAGAACAGAAAAAGGUGAGCUGCACUUUCAUUGUGGACUUACGCCCAUGGUUUACCCAGUUCACCCUCCUGAACAGCACCUGCCAGCAGAAAUGGGGGGAGGAGCUCCCGGCUCCCACAGCAGCUCCUUUCCUCCUGAAGAAUGAGAGUCUGCAGUCCUAG